ACUCUGUUGUAGUUCCGGUGUUAAAAACCAGCGCGCCGAGUUUAAGUUGUCGGCUUUUUUUCUCACACUUUGUCGGUAGUUUUAUAAGCAACAGAAAAUUUGACCGACCCAAAUAUUCGACUUGACAACACAGCUGCUCUUAGCAGCGCAAGGAUGGAAGGCGACGGGAUGGAGGUGGCGGCGUUACAGCAGAUCCACGUAGAGGUGCACGUAAAAUCUGUCAGCACAGCUAAACUGUCUGACGUGAGGAUGCACGUUCAGGCGCUGCUGAAUCGCCACAACAUGGUUUUUGGAAACUACAGAUGGACCGAGUUUGACGAAGAGUUUCUGCGUAAGCAUGUGGAAUCUGUGGCCAUUGUCGAUCUGGAGGAAAUGAUAACACAGCCCAUCGACUUAAAGAACUGCGACGUCUCCUUUUAUGUCUUCACUCUGAAUGAGGAAGGACCCAGCAUGCUCAAUUUGGAGGAGGAGGAGGAACUUUCGGCCGCCAAUCACUGGCUGCUGCCAGCAGCGGAAUUUCAUGGGAUCUGGGAAAGUCUUGUAUACGAGGACGGCGUGAAAGCCAAGCUUCUGGAUUACGUCACAACAACAAUUUACUUCUCAGAUAAAAACGUCGACAGCAACCUGAUUUCCUGGAACCGCGUCGUGCUUCUUCACGGACCUCCGGGCACGGGGAAAACGUCGCUCUGCAAAGCUCUUGCCCAGAAACUGUCAAUCAGGCUGUCAAGUCGGUAUUCUUAUGGCCAAUUUGUGGAGAUAAACAGUCACAGUUUGUUCUCGAAAUGGUUCUCAGAGAGCGGUAAGCUGGUCACAAAGAUGUUCCAGAAAAUCCAGCAACUGAUCGAGGACAAAGAGGCCCUUGUGUUUGUUUUGAUUGAUGAGGUGGAGAGUCUGACAGCAGCCAGGAACGCCAGCCAGGCAGGAACGGAGCCAUCCGACGCCAUCCGAGUGGUCAACUCGGUCCUCACGCAGCUGGAUCAGAUCAAACGGCAUCCCAACGUGGUCAUCCUAACCACGUCCAACGUGACAGAGAAGAUCGACUUGGCGUUUGUGGACCGAGCUGACAUCAAGCAAUACAUCGGACCUCCGUCGGAGAAAGGCAUCUAUAACAUCUACCUGUCCUGUCUGGAGGAGUUGAUGAAGUGCCAGAUCAUCUACCCCAGGCAGCAGCUGUUCACCAUGUACGAGCUGGAAACUAUGGGCUUUGCUAAGAGCGAGGUGUCUGAGCACAGUCUGAAGCUGAGGAACAUUGCUGUAAAAAGCAAAGGUCUCAGUGGAAGAGCACUCAGGAAAUUACCCUUUCUAGCCCAUGCCCUCUUUAUAAAGACACCAGCAGUAACUCUUGAAAAGUUCCUGGAGGCGAUGUGGCGAACGGUGGAUAAACUGCGGGAAGAAGAGGAUAAUCUGAUCAAUAGUGUUUGAAAGCAUUACAAAGGCACCAAGCUGAUGCAUCAGUGUUCACAAGUUGUCGAUCUCUCAGUCCUGUCAGUGUUUAAAAAGUCUCAUCGGUUCAGUUGGCAGCACUUUAAUUCAUCUGGAAAAAAAGGAUGCAAAUCUGUUAUCUAAAAUAUUGCUUUAAUAAAUCCUAUUUGUACCA